ACUUCUUCAUUUGGAUAUCUUUUUAGCAGUGGCAAUUACUUGAAAAUGGACGGAGGUGAUUUGGAACACCAAGGACUGUCCAACACUGAGGCAUUGGCUAUAUUACAUGAUCAAUUGUCUGCACUUCUAUCAGACCAUAAAAAACGCCAAAAGGAGAGAACAUGGAAGGUGAUCUGGAGGAGUAGUUUUUUGCACCAUUCAAAUCGCUGGUCAAGCUUCCAUUGGCCAGGAGCAUUGCUGUUGGUCCUGGCAACCAUUGCCCUAGCUGGUUGCCAUCAUAUUCAGCCACCUAAGAGGACUCCAGAAUUUGGAAUGAAUGAUUUUUGCCAUGAACUGUACAAUCCUCCUUUGGAUUCCAUAUCUCUCCAAUGGACCUACAGAGAUGGGCAAUUGGUAAAUCUGCCCACAAGUAUGCUGGUUGAGGGAGAUAUUAUAGCCCUGAGACCAGGGCAGAAAGCACCAACAUCUCUUAGAGGAAUUGAGGAUGAAGAACAUGUGAUCUUGGAUAGAGAUGACAUCUUUUGCCAGUUCUCCUCUCCUCCAUCACCAAUUCAGAAGAAAAAAUCUCACACCCACAGUCUUCUGAAGCCUCAUCCUUUCAGAGUAACUAAAACACCAAUAGUUGGGAAUAUCCAGCGGUGCCUUGAAUUGGGACAGGAAAGACCUGUGACUGUACUGAAUAAUGAACGCUUCACUGCUCAGAGGCUUCUCGAGAAAUACAUUGCUCCAAUGGUUUUGGUGGUGUUACUGAUUAUCAAUGGUCUGCGGUUUGUAAUUGGUGCUCCAGGGAUAGGUUCAUGGCAAGUUACCCUUCUACAACUCCAGGUAAACGGUGUCCUCCCGUUAUUGCCUUUGUCAUUUCCUAUACUUUGGUUUCUAGUCAACGCCUAUGGUGAAGCUCGGAUGGUUGCCUUGUUACUAAAGCCCACAGCAAAUUUUAAGGAAAACUGGAUUGAGACAUGGAGAAUGUUCUGGGCUACUGUACGAGGGAAUGCUCCCGCUCUAAGUCAAACUUCUAGUCUACUCCACAAUCUUGGUUCUAUUACAGUGCUUUGUUGUGUGGAUAAACAAGGAAUCCUCUCCUGGCCCAGUUCAUGCCCGGACAAAGUAUUUUUCUUCACUGAUUCAUGGUGUCGAGCCAAGCCACAGGAUGAAAACCUCACAGCCUCGAUCAGUCUGAAGACUGCUCCCUCCGCCCGUUACACAGUGCAGCGAGGAAGUGAACACCCUGAGUUGCCAUCCGAUGCAGUAAUGGUGGAUCAUCAGACCAAUUUUGCUGUAGAAAUGCUCAGCCUCUCCCAGGAUCAGCAGGACCCAACUCAUAUUUGGUUUGAUGAUUCCAACUGGCAACAGCACAGUGCAUCACUAAAGCCACUUGGUCUUGGCAUCCUGCUUGGCCUGUGUGAUCCUACUUCAGCAGCCAGAGUAUUCCAGAUGACUGAUCACCUUUCCCACAUAGCUUUGACGAAGAGCCGCUGUUUGCCUGUUCAAUUAUCAGCCGGACUAUGCGAACUACCACGGAUCAUUGGCUUCACCUCCUCUGCAAGGAACCUCUUCCAUAAGCAAACGUACACUGCUGUGUACACGUCAACCACAAUGACUAACACACAGGAAGCAUCACCAUGGGAACCAUCAUUCAUCACUAAAAGAAAGCUGCCUCUGAGUCAUAUGAUAAACCUGCUUGCGCACACUUCUAACUCAGGCUCUGAAGGCCUAAAGGAAUGCACAUAUCAUCUCAGUUACUUUCUUACAUUUGCAACCUUUCUAAGAAAGCGAAGUGUUAUUGGCACUCAGCAUUGCUAUGGAGUGCAAGAGAACCAUAAGACCAUGUCGCUUUUAUUGACAGAAUUGAUGCAGCUAUUCUCCUACGGGUCCGCUGGCACAAUCUUAGAUGCUUGCAGUGAAUUUUGGGAUGGAAAUGAUAUUUGUCCACUUUCUAGAUGCGCCAGAAAGAAAAUCUUUGAUUUUUAUCGACAUGCCUGUCUGACUGGAGAGUGCAUUGCCUUGUCUUAUAAGCCAGUGUUCCAUACCUUGCAUCCCAGUGAUGAUGAGAAGUGUCUCCAAGUACCUUUGAAAAAUAAACACUGCGGCCAAACAGAUACCUCAGCAGCUUUGGACCUGGACGAAUUAACUUUUGAUCAGGAAGAUAAUUUGCACCCCCUUGGCGAUCAGAUCUUACUUGGCCUCAUAUCUUCCCAAUACCAAGCCAGGCUAGACAUGGUCCAUCUGAUAGAUGGUUUAGAUGACAGCUGCAUCCGCUUUGUCUACUUUUCCUUGGAAGAUGAGCUAAAAAGCAAGGAAUUUGCUGAGAAGAUGGGCCUAGAGACAGGCUGGAAUUGUCACAUCUCAUUGCAGUCGAAUGGUUUUGUUCUAGAUCCAGAUCAUCUGACGCCCUCUUCUCAAAAUAUUGUCGACCAGCAAGAUUCUGAGAAUCAGAGACUGAUGAGAGAAGAUGGGAGCCUAUUAGAAACAGAUGAGGAAAGGAUGCCAGGCAGUAAUACAUGCAGCUUUAUAGACGAUCUCAACAGGGCUAAAUUACCCAGGGGAAUUGAGAACAUACGGCCACACCUGGAACAUGUUGACAAUGUUCCUCUUUUGGUUCCGCUUUUUACAGACUGUACUGCAGAAACCAUGUGCGAGAUGGUGAGAAUAAUGCAGGAGUAUGGAGAAGUGGUUUGCUGCCUUGGAAGUUCUCUUAACAGUAGGAACAUUGGAAUUUUUCUACAGAGUGAUAUCAGCUUUUCCUUGGAUCCUUUGAGUCCGUCUUGCUGCAGGCAGACUUGCCACAAAGACUGUGAACAUUUGACAUUAUGCUCACAGAAAACUACUCCAGUCUACUUGUCCAGCCUCUUUGGUAGCCUAGCAAGUUCGGUGCACUUCAGAAACCAUGGCAACAUCAGCAUAAUUGAGCUAAUCAAACAGGCUCGACAAAUGAGCUCAGGAAUUAGGAAAUGCUUUCUGCUUCAGCUUCAGUGCCAACUUUCCCUGACAAUGAUACAGGUUCUGGCUUCUUUGGCUCAGCUACCCCCACCUCUUGGGACAACAGACGUGCUGUGUCUCACCUGUGUCUACUUCCCUCUCGUAAGCAUGUCCCUCAUGGGAAAACCUCCAGAUAACACUGUGAUGAAAGUGGCUACAGGAAAGAACCUCAAGAUCUUACCAAAAAAGACCCAAUGGUUUUUUGUGCUGUAUUUUCUGGUGAAGUCUGGCUUGACCGUCUGCUUGCAGUUGACAUGCUUUGGAUUAAUGCUGCACGGAUUCUGUAUGAAAGAACUGCCUAAAACCAAUUUCUCUUGCCAUCCAUUUGGACCAUUCAUGAAUCCAAGUUAUGUGUCACCGAAUUGGUUUGAAGAAUUUUGGGAUGCUCUUAUACUGGCUCAGAAGAUAGUAGCUUUUUUCAUCCUUCUACAUGGAUUGUGUACAUCAAUGAGUCAUGUUCAUCGAUCCAAUCCAUUAUGGAAACAAAGUCCACUAAGUAACCGUUGGUGGUGUGCUGCCGUCAUUAUUGCGUUUCUUCUUCAUGUGAUUCAAAUAAACGUAGCCUACUACAUAUGGGAUAAUAAAUCCUCACAUCUUGUUUUUCACAUCUUGGACAUUCCUUCAGCAACUUGGCUUCUUGGUUUCCUCUGGCUGUUCCCACUGAUGGUUAUCAAUGAAUUUCUUAAACUUCAUGAAAUUAGAAUGCGAAUGCAUUAUCAAAAGAAACAGAAGCUACAGUUUGAUACCAAGCUUGGAAUGAAUUCUCCUUUCUGAGAGAAACUGGGAACAACUCACUUUCUGAUUUAAAAAUGAAGUAAUCCUCACGCCUUUAGAACUGAGAAUUAACACAUCCUUCAAAUAUAAACUGAAGAUGUUAGACCCUUAUUCCACUUUUAAACAAAUGUUGAAAAGAAUGUACUAAAAUAAUAGUUCUUGACAUAAAUAAUGGAUAAGUAAUUAGAAAAACAGUUUCAAAUACUUCUUCAUAUUUUUAAAUUGAGACUGUGUGAUUUCUGUAUUUCCAUUAAAAUGAGAUCAUCAAUUUAUAUUGGUCAAAGAUGUGCACAUUAUUUAUAUUUUCAAUUGCUCUCAGCUAUUUUUGAAUCUAUUAACAAAAUACAUGAAUGUGUAAUUCAACAGCUGUUCUUAAUUCUGUUCAAGAAAGGCCUAAAAUUGUUAUUUUAUCUGUCAAAAAGAAGAGUGCAACAUCUUAAUUAGUUGUUUCUCUGCCAUUGUGUGCAGUGCAAGAGAGGAAACAGAUGGUUGUAAAACGUUGGGGAGACUUGAAUCAGUUAAACAACGGAUUCAAUAGAAUAAACUACAAGCAUUUUAACAUGAAGUGAAAUAUAGUUCUCAUGACAAACUUGAUUCACAUAUAGAAAAAAAUAAAACUGCAAUUAGUUUUGGAUUGGAAUUUGCUCUCAAUGUAUUUCCUAUUAAUUUGUAGUUACUGUUAUUAACAUCCUUAAUCUAUUAUUUAGAGGAUUUUUUUUCAAUUAUUUUGUUUACCAAAUGCUAAAUGGAUAUUGGAUAGUUUCUAAACCUGUGGUUACAUAUUUUGAAACACAGUCAGUAAAUGGAUUGGUCAUACAAUAUUCCUUUCAUUUGUGAAAACUAUGUCACAUGGACAGGAAGUGCAACACCAAACUAGUUUCUCUGUAGAAAACCACAAGCAAUUUUAAUUGUUUUGGUGGUGUGAGACCAGCUGUCGGAGAUGCAUAGCUUCAACAUUCCGUUUACAAAUGCAGCUGGUGCGAAUCUAAAUUCUGUAAGUCUUCAAGCAGUUCACUGAACCAUAAUUUUAUUAAAAGUAGAACUUCCAAUGUUAGAAACUGACAAAAUUUCAAUCUGUUUUAUAGCUUUAAAGAUUACACAAUUAAUGUAGGUUUAUACUUACAGAUGCUUUCACAGGACACUAUAUUUUGCCUGUUCAGAUAGCAUUAGUUACACUGUCCAAUGACAACAUGCUAAAAUCAGUAAAAGUGUCAAUCUGGUAUGUGUAGAAUCACUGAUGUGUAAACUGAAAGCACUGCAUACAAAACCAGUGAAAAGUAUCAAUUUAAACAGCAAAUUCAGAUUGUUGUGAUAUUUUUGCAUGUGCAUCCUGAUUAAUAAAUAAAA